AUGGCAUGGCAAGUUGUACAGCUGCAGUUGGAUGAGAAAAGUGAUGACAUGGUUUUCCACACAUUUGCAGGAAAUGGCAUGCUUUUCUUGUUCUCAUUGCUACAAUCGGCCUUCUUCACGUAUCUUUACGAAGGACUUCUGCUAUCUGCUCUUAUUCAGCAGUCCGAGGAAAACCCUUUCAAGGACGCUGACGGGAUGAUUAGUCUCAUCGCUCAGGGGAAAUAUCAUCUUGUCACAAAUUACAGAGGAAACUGGUAUUUUGAUGAGCUCGAUCAUUCAAAUAGCUCUCAUUUUGCUAAGCUUCGAGCGGCGACAUCAUCGAACCCUGUUGAAGUGGCUGACAGCGUAUCUGAUGCACUAGACUUGGUGGAGAAAGGGAACUACAUUUAUCCAAUACAAGAAGACAGUUUGGCCAUGCAGAGGAGCAAAGAACGCUGUGAUUUUGUUUACGUCAACAAAGGACUGCCGCAGCGAUCCGCCCACCUGGUUUUUGCCAACAACAGCAUAUUUCUCAAGAAGUUUAAUACUGCUAUCAUAAUGCAGUCGCAGUUCAUUCAAAGGACGUUUUCGAAAUAUUUUCUGGAAGGAUUCAAAAUCGCAGACAUUCCUAAAUGUCCUCCAACGGAAUUUGAGGAGGGAUCCAAGCCACUUGGUGUGAACAGCAUGAUCGGGAUUUUUGCACUUGGAGCUCUGGGUAUGUCCUCUGCAUUGGCUGCUUUUAUAGCAGAGGUAAAUCGAGUGAUCAUUUGA